UUGUCUACUUCGGAAUUUUAUACACCCACACUGAACUUUUUGAAGAAAAAGUCCCUUAGAAAAACAUGGCUGAAAGAAAGACAAACCAAGGCCAUCGACUGGUAUGUUUCACUAUCUACUUUUUUCAGAAAUGAGUUGAAUUCGCUGUGGUGUUGGAUGAAGUAUCGAAUCGUGUUAGCGCGACACUUUAGAGGAAAGACUUUGUUUUUUCCGCACAAUAUGGACUUUCGUGGACGAGUUUAUCCGAUAUCACCAUAUCUGAGUCAUAUGGGUGACGAUGUCAACCGCUGUAUACUGAAAUUUGCCAAAGGCCGAACUCUUGGUGAUCGAGGUUUCGAUUGGCUGAAAUUGCAUUGCAUAAAUUUAACCGGUACAAUGAAAAGAGACAGCAUAGCGGACCGUCUAACUGCUGCAGAUCAGCUACUGGACGAUAUGAUAGAUUCAGCGAAUCAUCCUCUUGAUGGUAAAGGAUGGUGGUUGGAAUCUGAAGAGCCAUGGCAGACUUUAGCUGCAUGCAUGGAACUGCGGGAUGCACUAGCCUUUCCAGGCAAGAUUGAGGAUUUUAUAAGUCACUUGGCUGUGCAUCAGGACGGAAGCUGCAAUGGACUCCAACAUUAUGCUGCAUUAGGUCGAGACGAAGAGGGAGGACGUGAAGUAAACCUUCUAAAUAGUUCAACACCUAACGAUGUGUAUACAUCAGUCGCGAUGAGGGUAGAGCAGAAAAGACUAGAAGAUGAGAAGGGUGGUCCAAAUAUGGAAAUUGCUUUAAGGUUAAGGGAAUUCAUGCCACAGGCGGUCCCACGAAAGGUUAUAAAACAAACGGUAAUGACGACCGUUUAUGGAGUGACAUUGUACGGCGCGACCUUGCAAAUAAAACGGCAACUCAAAGCUCUCGACAUCGAUAAUGAUGAGGUGACUUCCAAAUUUGCACGUUACCUGACACAUUUAACGUUCGCCAGUUUGCACGAUGCAUUCACUUGUUCAAUGAAACUGAAAGAUUGGUUCAGAGAUUGUGCAAAGGGUGUAUCCGAUCUGCUACAGACAAUGGAAUGGAUAACACCUUUAGGACUUCCCGUUGUUCAACCGUACAUUAGUGUAAAGGAGAAAAAAGGGCGCGUCAUAUAUGCACCUGUUUCUACAAAGCAGGUUGGAGCAUUUCCACCAAACUUUGUACACUCACUUGAUUCAAGUCACAUGAUGUUGACUUCACUCGAUUGCUCUCGAAGGGGGAUCACUUUUGCGGCUGUUCAUGAUUGCUUCUGGACUCAUGCUACCACUGUAGACGACAUGAGUCUUCUCUGCCGAGAGCAGUUUAUAAAAUUACACAGCGAACCAAUCGUACAACAAUGUUCUGAUUGGCUUUACUCCCAUUAUCUUACCGGUGCUCACAUAGACCUUAUGCCACCUAAGGAUCUUGCCCACUUCAGGAAAUUGUUUACGCUGCAGGUGAAACCUGGCGGUCUCAAUAUUAAAGAUGUGAAGGAUUCGAUAUAUUUCUUUAGCUAA